AUGUCUGAGUCACAGCCUAUUAUCAUCGUUGUCAGACAUGGUGCGCGUCUCGACGCUGCCGAUAAAGAUUGGCAUUUAACCUCCCCAACACCUUACGAUCCCCCGCUUUGUUAUGGAGGCUGGAUUCAGUCCCGUGCGCUGGGUAUGCGCAUUGGUAGCAUAUUACAGGCGCCUGAUUUUAUAGGGAGAAAUCCUGAACAGGAAGCUAGCGACGAGCCCUUGUCUGACAAAGACCCCAUGACCGCAGCCCCCGCAACCUCGGACUUGUACAACCGAUACAACGUCAUCGUUCAUACUUCUCCAUUUCUAAGAUGUCUUCAAACCUCUAUCGCUAUAUCUGCCGGCCUCAGCCAGUACGGCCUCAACAAAGAACCCCCUACCGCUGUGGAUACCCUACAGCGCCCCCAUGGAGAUGUUGCCGAUGUAGUCCCGCGGCCUCUAAUGCGCGUCGACGCGUUCCUUGGGGAGUGGCUAUCCCCGGAUUAUUUUGAUCAAAUCAUCCCUCCUCCGAGUUCGGAUCGAAUGAUUGCUUUAGCCAAGGCAGACCUCCUUCGUCGAGGUGAGAUUAUUCCUCCAGCACGGGAACCGACUAGAGCAUUCUCCGGACAUUUCCCAGGCGGCUGGGGAAACCACUCCCCGCAAACGUCUCCCAGCGAAGAUGACAGUCAAUCAUCCCCACUGCGAGGCUCAUCAUCGACUCCAAAACAAAGUCCUCAACGUCAACGUGCUAGCACUGUUGACAGGCCACAGAGCUCCUCCGCUGUCGAUGGCGCCUCAACGAUCUUGAGUCGCUUGGAUACAGAUCUAGCAGUUACUAAAAACGCCUCAUAUGCACCUCCAACCCCUGCAUAUGCUGUUUCCGCUUCAGACUCUAUCCCAGCUGGGUACGUCGCACAUGCGCGGGAUGCUUGUGUCAAGAUCGACUACCAAUGGGAUAGUAUGCGGACACCCUGCUGGGGCACAGGUGGCGAGUACGGUGAAGAAUGGAGUUCUAUGCAAGAACGAGUUGCCGACGGAUUUGACCGAAUGAUGAAGUGGUACCGGCAACCAGAAGCUUGUGCUCCUUACCCUUCAAGGGCAGCGGACAAGAGUUCUCCGAACGACGGUCGCCCAAGCCAGGAUGUUCUCAUUCUUGUCACGCACGGAGCGGACUGCAAUGCGCUGAUCAACUCGCUGGCCGGCCACUCCGUUCUCUUGGAUAUUGCUACCGCCUCCCUCACAGUGGCUGUUCCCCGUAACCGACUACCAAAAAUACAGCCCAAAAUUGACGAAAGACCCAACAAUUCCGAUCGAACUAAUCAUUCGAUUUCUCGGGACUACGCUUUGCAGCUUAUUGCAUCCACCGAUCAUUUACAAGUAGGGGUUGACCCUUCUCAGCUUGCUUCGCUUUCUUCCCCCUCGGCCCCUCAACCGUCAUCGCAACCAUCCAUUUCGACUUACCGCAAUCGUAUUAGCUCCCGACCUCCGCUUAUACCAGGCAACUUCUCAAUAGGUCCAGGAUCCACGAAAAUAAACCGUGGAUGGACUCUUGCCCAUCGGCCCUCGUCCUCUGAUGUACCCCAAGGACCUGCUGGGCUCUGGGGAGCUCUAGCUAGUCCCAUUGAAAGUGAGGAAGACCAGGAAGACGAAUUUGUUCCCAACUUCGGUGACCGUCGACCUGUCAGUCACGAUUCCAAGCUCCCUGAUGGUCCAGUAGACCGGACAGGUUGGACAAAGCAAUUACCUCAACGAACCCGGUCUCAGAGGGGAUUAUGGGGUAGUGCGCUCCCCCUGGAGGAUCGCGAGGCGGCAUCGAGGCGACGAUGGACUAUGUCGGAACAAAAACUAUAA